AUGGACUACGACUAUUACCACCACGACUACUACUACGAUGAUUACCAUGACUACAGCGGAUGGGACGAGGAGUAUGGAGGGGAGGACUACGACUACGACGAAUCUUACUGGGAGGAUGAUUACUGGUACGAUGAGUCGCCAGAGUACUAUAACCACAACUACAACAACAACUACGGCAACAGCCAGGAGUACAUGAACGGCUACCACAACUACCCUGGCUCUGAAACAUACUACGGCACCGGCAGUGAGUACAGUGGAUAUCACCACAACAGCUACGACCAAGGAUAUUCUCGAAGCGGAAAUCACCUGUACACAGAAGGAGCAAUGCACGAUCAGUCCGUUCAACGACAGCACGGCUACUAUGGGAGCAACUCCUGGUAA